CUCCACACUACAAACACUACACACACACACACUCACACACACACACACAAGCACAGAGGCAUGAUACAGUCUGUGCAGCCUUCUCUUAGAGGGGUCGAGGACCAAUUGUCAAGAUAUGGACUUUAGCCAAAAGAAGAAUUGAAAAGCGCCUGACUGCUUGGACUGGACACCAAUCACUGCAGCUGACCUUGGACAACUGAAAGGGGGGAAGUCAAAUUGUCUGACGCAAGGGUACAUCCAGUUCCAUAAUGGCAAUCCCAAAUGAUCUCUUCCUUUUCAACUCCACCUCCUCCCCUUACAACACUACGGAGAUCUAUCAGAACUCCUCUGCUUACCCCUGCGCAGACUGGUCUCCUAUACCCAUGACCACCCUCAUCCCCUCCAUCUACAGCGUUAUCUGCGUGCUGGGCACCAUAGGCAACGCCCUGGCAGUGUGCGUGUUGGCUUAUAACAGCACAUCGAGGAGAACUGUAGCAAACACUUUCAUGCUUAACCUGUGCAUGUCCGACCUGCUGUUCCUGCUGUCUCUCCCGCUGUGGGCCGUCUACUACUCUAAAGGCUACAGUUGGCCCUUUGGCCGGGUGGCCUGCAAAAUCUGUGGCGCUCUUCAUAACCUGAACCUCUACGCAUCUAUCUUCUUCAUCACAUGCAUGAGCAUGGACCGCUACCUGGCCAUUGUGCACCCACUCCGCUCCCAGAGUGCACGAGACCCUAAACGUGCCAGACUCACGUGCAUCCUGGUUUGGGUUUUGGCAUGUGUAUGCACAGCACCCACUUUGGCUCUGAGGGACACUCGACACCUACCGGUUCUUGAUGUGGAAGCUUGUGUGAUUUUCUAUCCUGAUCAUGCCUGGUAUCUGACCCUGGUCUGCAUCAAGAUUGUUCUGGCCUUUCUGCUGCCGCUGCUGGUCAUCUCUUGUUGCUACUAUGCUAUUGGGAGACAUUUGUUGUCUGAUACAGGACUGGUAAGAAUGCAGAAUCUAUCACACACCCCCAGCAUGCCCUCUUUUAAAUCAUCAGAAUCCCAGGAGAGCUGCCAUAAACCAGAGAGACCCCCGACCCCCUGUGUGAACCCCAGCUUCAGUGGAAGCAGACCCCUGGAAGGCAGAGGGCUGGAGAGGGUGCUGUGGACCGUGGCUGCAGUUGUCCUGGCCUUCUUUCUUUGCUGGUUCCCCUUUCACUGCGUGACCUUUUUGGACAUACUGAAGAGCGAAGGCUGGUUGGACAGCUGCUGGGUAGACUGGACCAUCCACAACCUCACCCCUCUGACCCUCUGUUUGGGCUUCUCCAACUCAGCCAUCAACCCUGUGCUCUACUGCUUCAUUGGGAACCAUUUCCGAGGCCGUCUCGGAGGCCUCUGCAAGGGUCUGUGUGCGUCAUGUUUGAAGACCCGUGGGGAAGAUCACAGCCAGAAGAGAGGCUCUUUCAGCACAAGGCUGAGCUCCUUCUCCCGAAAACUCAGUGACCUGAAAGACUUGGCGAUUGUUGAGGCCUCUGGUCCUGCCUAGAGGCCUUUCCACUACUUACUGGUCUCACACCUCAAAGAAUGACGCCAUCGUCAAGUGACUGCUGAAUUCAAAUUAGCAUGGCCAUGUGAAACGGAGAUGUUACUGUAAUAGACUUUCAGCAGAGCAAAAACACUGCCCUACAAAGACAGAGAGCAGUAACUAAGUUUAGCCUAAAGAAUUGAGGCUGGUUUGGCAAACUGUGCAACCAAGAGAUAAACUGUAACUGAAUGCCUUUUUAGGCAGAUGAGGAGGAGGACAAGGCAGCGCCCUGUAGGUGGAAAAAGGCCAAGUUAUUGUUAUUGCACACAAACCUUUUAGUACAUUCCUCAAGAGUAAGCACCUCACGUCACUACACAAAUUUAGAAAUGAAUAUGUGACAAUUUUAUCUUUGAAUCUGCCUUUGGACAAACAAAGGAUGUAGAGAAAAAAACCUUUACAGGGUCAGUUGAGAAAGCAGUUAUUACUUAUCUGCUAAGCUAAGCUAAUAUUUUAGCAGGAGUAGUUUAGCUGCUUUUUUAGUGUCUCCACCAUUCUUGGAUUUAGUUACUGUCUUGUUUAUAUGAGAUGACAAACUGAAUUCCUAAGAUGUUGGAACAAUUCAUUUUAUAAAUAACAAAACAGGUAGAAGGGGAUUACCUAAGUCAAUCAAGAUUUAACUAGAUGUGGCUAUCUACAGCUAGUUUGCUUUUAGCUCUCUAGCUAGUUUUGUUUUGCAAACUUUACUUGCUGUUCUCUUUAAAAUUAAACAUUUCUAUAGCAUAAUAAUAUUCUAUAUGGUAAGACAGAUGUCAAAGACUUAAUUUUGACCACAUAUGUAGUUGCUAUAUUUUGGCUCUAUAGGGCAAAACAGGCCAAAUGAGGAAAUACAGGUGAUAUACAAAGAAAAUCAUUUACCAGUUGUACCAAUGCAAUACUUUUACUCUUUUGACCGAGAUAUUAUGUAAUGUGUAAUGUUAUGUGUAAUCAUGAAACUUGUAACAUUUUAUUGCAUUAUUCUUUAAAGAGGAAAAUGAAAAUAAAUACUGCAUUUCUUUGAAUAAGAAAUAAAGUGAGCGAUAUUUCUCUAACAA